GCAUUGCGGAGUACUGGGCUAAGAGAGACAGACCCGCGCCUCAAGGAGUCCAUGCAGAAACUGACCAAUGUCCAGUCGGAGAUCUCGGACCUGGACGCCGUGCAGAGCAUCUAUAUUGACAGGGAGACCUUCAGAGAAUGCAUCGGGGACAACAUCAUCCUGAUAGCCAAGGCGUUCCGGAACCAGUUCAUCAUCCCGGAGUUCCAGCAGUUCACGCAGAGGAUUGACGAGCUCUUCUGGAGGGCCAAGGCCAACACUGCGGGGGAGCUGGCGUCGUACAUCCCACAACUGGCCAGGUUCAACCCGGAGAGCUGGGGUCUGGCCAUCUGUACGGUGGACGGUCAGAGAUACGCCUUGGGAGACGCGUUUGACCCCAUCUGUCUCCAGUCUGUGAGCAAACCGUUGACCUAUGCCAUGGUUCUGGAUGAGCUGGGGCCGGAGGUCGUUCAUCAGUACGUGGGCCAGGAGCCCAGUGGUCAAGCAUUCAAUACCAUCGGGCUCGACCCAAUGAACCGUCCUCACAACCCCAUGGUGAAUGCCGGCGCUGUGGUCACAUGCUCUCUGCUCAAACAAGGGAUGAAUCUUGCUGACAAGUUUGAUUUUAAUCAGCAAAAGACGAAACAGCUGGCCGGCAAUGAGUACGUCUCCUUCAACAACUCUGUGUUCUUGUCCGAGAGGCAGACAGCUGACAGGAAUUUCGCUAUUGGAUACUACAUGAAAGAAAAACAGUGCUUCCCCAAAGGAACCAAUCUGAAGGAAACUCUGGACUUCUAUUUCCAGCUGUGUUCCGUGGAGACGACGUGCGACUCGGCCUCGGUGAUCGCCGCCACGCUGGCAAACGGGGGCAUCUGUCCCGUCACGGGGCUCAAGGUGCUCGAACCCUACUGCAUCCGUGACACGCUCAGCCUCAUGCUGUCCUGUGGCAUGUACGACUACUCCGGACAGUUUGCUUUCAAGGUGGGCUUGCCAGGAAAAUCUGGCGUGUCAGGGGGCAUAAUGCUGGUUGUGCCUAACGUGAUGGGCAUGUUCAUGUGGUCGCCUCCUUUGGAUGGCUAUGGCAACAGCGUUCGUGGGAUUCAGUUCUGUGAGGAUCUGGUGCGUACCUUCAACUUCCACAACUACGACAACUUGCGCCACACGCCGCGUAAGUUGGACCCGCGUGUGCUGCAGGUGGACACUCAGGCCAAUAUGGUGGUCAACCUUCUCUUCUCAGCCUUCAACGGUGACGUCACCGCCAUCCGCAGGUGUGCCCUGAUGGGGAUGGACAUGAGUCACGCGGAUUAUGACGGGCGGACAGCGCUGCACGUUGCCGCCGCCGAGGGUCACACGGGCGUGGUGGAGUUCCUCUUGGACAAAUGUCGUUGUUCUCCCUUCUUGGUGGACAGAUGGGGGUUCAUGCCAGUUGAUGAUGCAAAACGUUUUCACCACCACGACACGGCCAAGAUACUGGAAUCAUUCAUGGAGAAGGAAAAACCUCUUGAGACCUGCUCAAAGGAUGACCUGUGAUCCUGCAGCCUACCUCCUAAAUGCAGUGGAGUCCGCUUACACCGAACACGCUUGAUUGUAAAACAGUUGUAAAUGGAAAGAAAAUAGAAUCUGCGAUUACGCGAUUUUUUUUUCUACGAUAUUUGAGCAAUAUCUCUCUAAACUGAAAACUCGGCUAAACCAAAGAGACCCCCUGGUGGUCUAGUAUAGUUUGGUUUAAACGGACUCCUCUGUAGUCUAGAUGAUGUUCUGAUUACCGGUAUACACAGCAUAAUGACCCACAGGAAUCUCAGACAUGGCCUGCAAUUUACAUACCCAGGUGCGAGAGAUGGCGCUCUGAUGAUUUGCAUAUUUCAGGGGGUGGGGGGUAUGAGUGAAAGAGGAGAGGGUGGAGGAGAAGGCGAGGAGGGGGAGGGGGGUGUGAAGAAGGGGAGGGAGAAGAGGAGGGACAGUGGAUGUGCCAGUUGGCUACCCAUUUAAAAAAAAAAUUAAGUAUGUAGAAAGACAUUGUCAAUCUGCUUUUUCGCGGGUCACUCACAGAGCUUUUUAGAGGAUCUAGAUAAGUUGAUGAUGAUAUCAUCAUUGUUUUGGGGGAUUUUUUUAGUUUCGGAGAACAAGACCUGUAGUGUUGAGAAUGAGGAGGGUGUUUCGUGUGAAAGUAAAGGCAAGGUAAAUUUUAAAGUAGAAUUUUAAUUAGAUGGUUGUAUCUGUCAGGAUGUCAAUUUUGAGAAGUUAUAGAUUGAUUCUGUUGUGGAUUUCUCAGGAAUGUGCAAAGUAUUAAAAGAAAUGUUAUGGUUUAAUGUUUGCCAAAAACCGUUUGCUCGUACAGGGGAAAAAAAACAAAAAACUGGUGCAAUGUGGAGUCUAAGCGACAGAGAGUAUGUGAACAGAAAGUUAUAUCUGCAGACAGCUGAAUCUCAUUUUCAGAAUAUGAAUAAUCGUAUAAUCAUUACAAUAGUCAUAAUUGUGGGCAUUAUUAUUUGUUGUAAAAGUAAAUAUAGGACAGUUGUAAAAAAGUUGCAUUUCAAAAGAAAAUACACAAUUUUUAUCUCCAUCAUCAGCAUCAUCAUCGUCAUCAACAUCUCUGAUGUCUUUAUCACUGUGAUUGUCCCCAUCGUCACCCUUACUAUCUGUUGCUAAGUAACAGAACAAAAACAAACCAAAAAAAAAAGCUUUAAACUGGACAGUAUUUCUCAAGACGUGUAUUCUACCA